AUGCAAGCUAUCAACAAUCACUCGGAGGAUGAUGAUUUUUAUCCCAAUAAUCAGAUGGACUACCAACAUGAUGUUGAUAUGGGGCGGACCGAUUCAAAUGGUGACCCACCAUCAUCUGGAACAGCAUCGCCUGCACCCCAGCACAACAUUGACAAUAUCAAAGUGGAAUACCACCCCAAUAGUGGUAGACCCACCAAAGUGUACCACUUUGAGGACUAUGGACAUGGUCCUGGUGCCCCACCAGUAGUUCCAGAAGCAGAUCCUACACCCUGGCAGCCGUUUCGCACUUGUAUUGACUUUGAGGUUGCGGAACUUGCUCAUGAUGCUGGACUCUCUCAUGAGCAGCUGGAUGGGCUCAUUCACCUCAUCCAUCGCAGCAGGAUUGAGCUCUUUACCCUCAAGAAUUGCAAAGAUGUAAGAGACACAUGGGACACAGCGUCAUUCAAGAUGACACCUUUUACAAAGGAGGAAGUGAUUGUGCCCUUCCGAGGUGUUGAUCAAACAUUUUUGCUAUUUCAUCAUUCACUGUGGGACUGGGUCACCAAUUUACUUCAAGAUCCACAAGUAGGUCCGAACUUUGUCUUCAAUGCGCCAAGGCUGUCAAAGUUCAACGGCAAGAAGUUUGUUCAAUUCAUUCAUGAACCAUGGACCACUAAUGCAAUCUGGGAGUAUCAGGUAAAGGAAGAUAAGAAACAUUCAGGAAAGCCCGCCUUUGUCAACUUCAAGAAUGUGGUAUGGCAUGCCUCGUUUAUGAAGAUUCUUGACUGUCUGGUGCCACUAUCGAGGUUUGGUUCUUCCGUAAAAUGCUGGGAUGAUCUUAUUCGUGUCUUCUAUCCAAUUGUACUAAUACUAUCUGCAGACUAUGAAGAACAGGCUGUAAUGGCAUUGAUUCAUGGUUUGAUGGGCAAAUUUCCUUGUCCUAUCUGUCUAGUACCUUGUGAUGAGCUUUCAAAUACUCUCAAGGCAAGAGAGCAGAUCUUGAGUUCUCAGAGCCUCCAUGAUGUCGAUGCUGAUGUCCAGAUUGACAGCUUCUUUCAAUCAAUUCCGCAUUGGCGAAACCUGAAUCACUUUGAUCAGGUUAUACCAGUAUCGUUCUCUGAUGGAACAAAAUAUGAAGACAUCUCUAAGCUUAUUGUAGUUGCAGCGCAUAAUGUAUUUGACCAUGAUACGGAUCCAGAGGCAUAUCUCCUGCUCUGCUGUAUCCGAAACUAUGUAGAGUUUAAUAUGUAUGCUUCGUUAGAAGUCCAUACUGAAGAUACCAUCAAAAAUGGCCGGGAAGCAUUGUCAAAGCUCACUGAAUUGAUGGAUAAAUACAUUGAGGAUACAGCAGAGAUUUCCAAGAAGUCCUGGAAUUUCCUCAAGAAACAUCUUUCUGCCCAUCUCUUUGAUGAUAUUGAGGCAAAAGGUGUUUCAAAACUACAGCACCAAGCCGAAUAA